AUGUUCCACGCUCGGCCAGAAUCUCGUCUGUCGUCUGAAGUCUCGGCCAAAGUCCAAAACCGUUCGGCCGCGCGCAAGUCACGACCCGGGAAACUAUGCCCGCGGUCGGCCAAGCCACGCCACGACCGCGCACGACCAAACCGCACGAGCCGGGGAGUAACGCCUCGCGGCCGCGCAACUCAUCCAGCGCACCACGCACGAACGUGCCGUCCGACCCGGGAAACUACGUCCUGCGUCCGACCGAGAUUUCAUCGGCCAAGUUUUCACCCGUCCGACCACAUCGGCCGACCACGCAUCCGUCCGGCCCCGACCGUUCCGACUCGGCCAGAACCCGAUUGUCCGGCCGGACUAAUGCUGAUUGCUUUACCGCGCAUCUAG